GGACCCGGGGCGGGGUGGGGAGAAGCUACCGCAGCCUGGACCGGGGACGCGCAUUUUGCAGACAAUAGUAUCGCUCGGCCCGUCCACCUCCCCGUUGCUGUGAUAACCAAGUAAGAUGUUGCUGUGAGAGCGUGAAUUCUUGCAAGGGUUCCGAAGGGUGCACACUUCCGCGCGGCCCCCCGCGUCUUGCCUCUCCAGCCCGAAUCUGGAAAAUUUUAAAUUUUCAAGGUCAAAGUAUAUGAUGUUCUGAAUCUAUGAAGUAUCUUACUGCUGGCACAAAUGUCUGUAUAACCAAUGUCCCCAGCUUCCCAAGAUCCAGAAUAAGGAAUCAUAAGUAGACACGGUAUGAAAACCAAGGUGGUUGUUUCUUUUAAUAUUUGGAAAUGGUGGUAGGUUUUUAUGGAGUGAGGGAAAACGCAGUCAUUUAAAAAAAAAAAAAAAACGAAAACCCCCACCAAAAACCGAUUUCCUGUGCCAAAAUCCUGAAUAUUCAUUUAGCCUGAAGACAGGACACAAGACUGCUCGUUUAGGAGGAGCUGCGCAUUUGGUUUUUGUUUUGUUUUGGUUUUGUUUGUUUUUGGUUUUUUCCAGAAAGCCUGAAAGGCCAUCAUGGCAGCGAAGCCCAAACUCCACUAUCCUAAUGGAAGAGGCCGGAUGGAAUCCGUAAGAUGGGUUUUAGCUGCCGCCGGAGUCGAGUUUGAUGAAGAAUUCUUAGAAACAAAAGAACAGUUGCAGAAGUUGCAGGAUGGUAACCACCUGCUGUUCCAACAAGUGCCAAUGGUUGAAAUUGACGGGAUGAAGCUGGUGCAGACCCGAAGCAUCCUUCACUACAUAGCAGAUAAACACCACCUCUUCGGCAAGGACCUCAAGGAGAGAACCCUGAUUGACAUGUACGUGGAGGGAACACUAGAUCUGCUGGAAUUGAUUAUCAUGCAUCCUUUUCUAAAACCAGAUGACCAACAAAAGGAAGUGGUUAACAUGGCCCAGAAGGCUAUAAUUAGAUACUUUCCUGUGUUUGAAAAGGUUUUAAGAGAUCAUGGGCAAAGGUUUCUCGUUGGUAACCAGCUGAGCCUUGCAGAUGUGAUUCUACUACAAACUAUUUUGGCUCUAGAAGAGAAAAUCCCCAAUAUCCUGUCUGCGUUUCCUCAUCUCCAGGAGUUUACAGUGAAAAUAAGUAAUAUCCCUACAAUUAAGAAAUUUCUGGAACCUGGCAGCAAGAAGAAGCCUCCUCCCGAUGACAUCUACGUGAGAACCGUCUACAACAUCUUUAUGCCAUAAAACAUCACGUACAUCUGUGAGUGAGAGCUAGCGCCUAGAGAUUUCUGUGUCCACAGUAGAAUCUUAAUUGAUGCCCUGAUCCCAGCUCUGUCAUGGUGCUAUGUAUAACCUUUCCUUAGUUGGGUCUUUCAUUCCGAGAUCUUUUCUAGAAACAUUCAUUGACCUUUUGUUUUGUCUGGUGAAUAAUUGUUAACACCGCUUUUUCCUGAAAAGCCUUUUCGGAGAGGCUGGCAUUUCAGUUAGAUCUGAUGUGGUGACUCAUUUCCUAACAACUAGGCUGGGCAGGACCUUGUGUUCUCCCUUGAGCUUCUUUCCCCCUUCUUCUUAUCCCUUUCUAAAAGCCCUCCAGUCUCUUCCUGAUUUUUGGUGUUUAAUGACAACAGAAUAUCUAGUGAAUAAUUCUUCUCAGCUAUAAUACAUCUGUGGUAGUAAUGAAGGCAGUCAAUAUUAGCCAAAAUAAAGAAUUUACAAAUCAC